AUGCUCGACCCAGUCCAGCACGACGCAUGGAAGAGCCUCGGAGAGGAGUGCAUCCAUUCCGCAACGUUCGAUCCCGCCGAGCAAAAGUCAUCGCAAUGUCUUCCAGGUACUCGCGUAGAUCUCCUGGACCAGUUACUGGAUGCUAUUCACAGGGAGAGCGGCAAGAUUAUCUGGCUCUCUGGGGAAGCAGGGUCGGGCAAGUCCACCGUAGCGCAUACGCUCGCACAGGAGUUCCACGACAACGGCAGUUUAGUUGCUACGUUCUUUUUCUCUCGUAGUCAUCCCAAGCACAGCACCACCGACCAUCUCAUUCCCACCAUUGCUUAUCAGCUUGGUCUCCUUCACCCGGUCGUUAAAGAGGUCAUCAUCAAGGCCAUCACUGACGACACGCAGCUGCUCAAGCCCGAGAAACCGCGGCAUGACCAAUUCACGCAUCUUGUGCUCAGGCCGAUUGAGGUUCUGAAGACUAUAUGGUCUGAAUUAGGGAAGACAAUGAUCAUGCUCUUCGACGGGUUAGAACAGUGCAACUCCGGCGAUCACAGUCACCACCUCCCCCAGCUCAUCCGCCUUCUUGUCGACGCCCUUCACAAGGACACCACCGACGGCUUCCGCGUCAUAUUCACCAGUCGUCCGUACAAGCACGUCCGAGAUAUUAUUGCUGAGCCUCCUCUCGUUUCCCUCGUUCGAUUUAAAAUGGAAGAUUUCGACGCUAAAAGCGAUAUUGAGCACUUUAUUCAGAUGUCCUUCAUUAACCUGCGUCAGUGUAGAGGUCGGGACCCCAGCGCAUUGGGAAGGCAUUUCCUACUAUCGCUCAGCAAAGCCUCAAGCAACUUUGUCGUGGUCGCAACGUUGGCUAACCUGAUAGUGAGGGCGAGCCUGUCGGAACGGUGGGCCAUUGUGGGCGCACUUUUGCGGACCUCUGGGUCUUGUAAAGUGAAUAUGCUAUUCCGGGAUGUCAUCAACUCGUCAGAGAAUCCUUCUCAAGGAUCGGCGACUAUCUCCCUCGUCCUUUCCUUGCGGCAACCAAUGUCAGCUGGUGACAUCUCCCACCUCAUGCGCUAUGACGUGUGCCCCAUCCUUGACUCUAUGGCAGCCAUCGUGUCUGCGCCUUCCACCCUCGAACCAGUGAUGAUACACUACCCGUCACUCCGCAAUUAUCUACUACAGGGCUCCAGGCCCGGUUUCACUGACCCUGCUGUCGUUCAGUGCCACCUUGCCUCUGCCUGCCUUGAACGCAUGGAGCGGUCGCUUACCAGAGAUAUGUGUCGUCUUGGAGAGACAUUAAACCCCCAUACGUAAAUACAAGACUUCUCAGACAGGCAAGCUAGCGCUAUGUCUCAUGCGACCGCUUACGCGGUCACUCACUGGACCUAUCAUCUGUGCGAGUCAUUGUCCGAAACCAGGCUUCACGACGCUCUGCUAGAUUUUGUCAGCGAGCAUCUCCUUCACUGGAUGGAGGCUGCGCCCAUUAUAGGUGUAUUUGAUCCCUGUAUCACGUCUCUCCAGCAAGCAAUCGAGGUGGUGAAAACAUGGACAUCAUGGCCUGAUCAAGAUACGGUCAUCGAUCUAUUAUCUGACGCAUACCAGCUUAUGAACGAAUUCUCCGAGCCAAUCAAUCAAUCGUGUCUCCACGUCUACCACACUGCUCUACCACGAUGUUCAGCCGAAACACAGCUUUGGAAGUUCUACGCAAAAGAACUCGACCUCGUCAACGCCACCGUUCUAGAAGAGUUCGAAGGCGAAAUUAUUGUCAAUAAGCCUAUCGGAGUGGUGUCCUCAGCGACGCAUCUCAGCCCAACGAGCAUGGUGGCUGACCAAAC